CCUCCUCUUGAAGGAAAGAAACAGCUCUUAAACAAAACCAGAAGUCGACAGUCUUCUAACCCAGAUCCUCGUCUGGCUGCGGUGGGAGCGCUGCAGGGAGCUUGAAUACGUGUCAACAUGGAAGAAGUGCUGGCGCCUUUGAGGGAGGCUGUGAGGGAACAGGGUGAUCUGGUGCAUCAGUUGAAGGGAAAAGGCGCCACAGAGCAGGAGAUGAGCAAAGCUAUCUCAGAACUGAAAGCCAGAAAGAAGAUCCUUGAAGCAAAGGAGCUCGCGCUGCAGCCUAAAGAUGACACAGUGGACAGAGUGAAGAUGGAGGACACCUUGAAGAGGAGGUUUUUCUACGAUCAGGCCUUUGCCAUUUAUGGAGGUGUGAGUGGCCUGUAUGACUUCGGCCCUGUGGGUUGUGCCCUGAAAAACAACAUCCUGCAGGUGUGGAGGCAACACUUCAUCCACGAGGAGCAGAUACUGGAGAUCGACUGCACUAUGCUGACUCCAGAGCCUGUUCUCAAGACGUCCGGCCAUGUGGAUAAAUUCGCUGACUACAUGGUGAAAGAUGCCAAGACGGGGGAAUGCUACCGCGCUGAUCACCUCCUCAAAGCUCACUUGAAAAAACUGAUGUCUGAUGAGAAAUGUGCGGCAGAGAAGGUGACUGAGAUGGAUGAUGUCAUCACUCAGAUGGACAACUACACCCAGCAGGAGCUAUCAGAUCUGUUUGUGAAAUACAACGUCAAGUCUCCCUCGACAGGAAAUGACCUCACAGCUCCCAUCUCCUUCAACCUGAUGUUCAAGACGUCCAUCGGACCAGGCGGGAACACCCCCGGCUAUCUGAGGCCUGAAACAGCUCAGGGAAUGUUCCUCAAUUUCAAACGCCUACUGGAGUUUAACCAGGGAAGACUUCCCUUUGGGGCCGCUCAGAUCGGUAACUCCUUCAGGAACGAGAUCUCUCCACGCUCUGGCCUCAUCCGUGUCAGGGAGUUCACCAUGGCUGAGAUCGAGCACUUUGUGGACCCAAACGACAAGGUGCACCCAAAAUUCUCAAACGUCGCAGACCUGGAGAUCAUGUUGUUCUCCUCCAAGGCUCAGACCAGUGGCCAGUCUGCACAGAUCAUGAGGCUUGGGGACGCUGUGGAGCAGGGAGUGAUAAACAAUUCAGUGCUGGGUUACUUCAUUGGAAGAAUCUACCUCUACCUCACCAAAGUGGGCCUGUCCAAAGAUAAAGUGCGUUUCCGUCAGCACAUGGAGAAUGAGAUGGCUCACUACGCAUGUGACUGUUGGGAUGCCGAGUCCAAAACCUCCUAUGGCUGGAUAGAGAUUGUGGGCUGUGCUGACCGCGCCUGCUAUGACCUGUCUUGUCACUCCAGAGCCACCAGGGUCCCUCUAGUGGCUGAAAAAGCCCUGAAAGAACCCAAAGUUGUGAAUGUCGUCCAGUUUGAUCCCAAAAGAGGACCCAUCGGAACAACCUACAAAAAGGAUGCAAAGCUUGUUCUGGAUUACCUGGCCGUCUGUGACGAGUGCUACAUCACCGAUCAGGAGAAGCUUCUCAAUGAAAAAGGGGAGUUCAGCAUUGAGACAGAGGGCAGGACAUUUAAACUGACCAAAGACAUGGUCAGUGUGAAGAGGUUCCAGAAAACUCUGCAUGUGGAGGAGAUUGUUCCCAAUGUAAUCGAGCCGUCCUUUGGCAUCGGCAGGAUCAUGUACUCUAUCUUCGAGCACUCGUUCCUCAUCCGGCAGGGGGAUGAACAGAGGACGUAUUUCAGCUUCCCUCCCACUGUAGCUCCAUACAAAUGCUCCAUCCUUCCUCUGAGCCAAAACCAGGAGUUUGUGCCAUUUGUCCAGCAGUUAUCCGAAGCAAUGACUAAAAACGGCGUGUCCCACAAAGUCGACGACUCUUCAGGAUCCAUCGGGAGGCGCUACGCCAGGUCAGAUGAGAUCGGGGUGGCGUUUGGAAUCACCAUCGACUUCGACACCGUGAAGAAGACGCCUCAAACAGCCACGCUGAGAGACAGAGACUCCAUGAGGCAGAUCAGGGUCGAGGUCCUUGAGCUGCCAGGGGUCGUUCGAGAUCUGGCUAACGGCAUUCUGACGUGGCCCGAGGUGGAGAAGAAAUACCCCAUCUUUGAAGGACAGGAGAGCAGCAAGAAAGAGUGAAGGAACUACGGCUCAUCUACUCUCUGCACACGGACCUCUGUGAAUUUUCCAUUCCAAAAUAGUCGUUUUUUACAAUAUAAAGUUAUUAAGUAUUGUGAACGUAAUACAUUUUUUACAUACAGAAAUAAAGCGAUUUCUUUCAUUUCAA